AUGACUACUACUGAUGAACGUUCUGGUUCUACUGCUGACAUUAACAAGCCUUUUCGUUUUGUGCUAAUGGUUGUGUCUGAGAUGCCACCUCCUGCCGAGAAAAAGGAUGAAGUCGAGAAAUACGAAUCGCAGGUUAAGGAAAGGGACUCCUGGGAGGAAGCUCGAAAACAAGAACAAAAGGAAGAGGUGCUUGUUGUUGGAAACAACAACAACACUAAUAAAAGAUCCACUGUUAUUCUGAAACCCAAUGGGAAAAACUUAAAGAAUCAGAAUCACAAAUUGUGUCUAAGACUCCACCUCCUUUUCGAGAAGAAGGAUGAAGUCGAGAAGUACGAAUCGCAGGCACAAAACAAAGAGUUUUUGUUGGAAAGUCUGAUCACUCGUCUUCGAAUUAAGGAGGAAGCUCGAAAACAAGACCAAAAGGAAGAGGUGCUUGUUGUUGGAAACAACAACAACACUAAUAAAAGAUCCACUGUUGUUUUGAAACCGAAUGGGAAAAACUUUAAGAAUCAGAAUCGCAAAGCGAAUCCAAACUGCAAUAGUCAACCUCGGACCAACAACAAUAAUCAGAAUUGGAACCAUCAAAGGAACCAAAAUAAUAGGCAGCAAGUACCCCCUAAUAGAAAUGACUCUAAUUUGUUCAUGUGUUACAACUGUAACAAGCCAGGUCAUAUGGCACGAAAGUGUAAGAACAAGCCUAGUUCUGCUCCGCAGGCUAAGCUGACAGGAGAGCUGUCAUUUACAGCUAUGAUUUCAGAGAUUAACCUCAUUGGUGGAUUUGAAGGGUGGUGA